AUGAUUUCCUGCCAUUCGGGGCCUGUCUACAGCCUCUGGCCUUUGUUGCAAUCCCAGCAGUCUCAAUCAAACCAGCCUGGCUCCGGUGAAGCUCCAUGUCGAACCAAGAUAACCGAAAGUGAUCCAGUUGCCCAAGAUACAACCGGUGACGUGCCAAGUCAACCGGCCACUGCUCAGUCAACCACUAUUGACAUCCCAUGUCAACCCCAAACUGCCGAGAAGGCCCAGGCCACUCAAUAUACCGCCGAGAAGACAUAUAUUCUUAACCCUGCGGCCAAUCUGGUUCAUACACCAAUUGUUGAAGAUCCCGUUACGAGAACUGCCGAGCCUGCUGAUGAGCCUGUUGGGCAGCCAAUUGGGGACCCCGUCCUGGAUCCCCGCGUCGGGCCCGUGACCACCCGACAUGUCCACCCCUGCCGCCAAAGCCGCAGCACCCUCAAGGAGUUUUUCCAGCAACAUUUAGCACACACAAAAUCCCACCUCCAUUCUAUGACCAAAGAGGCUUUUAUCUCUACGGAGGACUGCAGCACGCUGAGGCGGAUUGAUGGGACCCUAACAUAUGCCCCCAAUGGAUGUAUGGCAACUCAGUUGGAGGCAAUUGCCCGGCACUCCGAGGAGCUAAGUGAGCUUGGGGUACACUUAGAGCUGCACCUCAGUCCAUGCCAUUGUAAAGUGCCUGGCAACGAGGCGGCGGAUUCGACGGCUCGAAAGACAGCAUCGGCUGCAAUGGCGAGGAAGGCCAAAUAUCUUCGCAUCCUAAAGAAAGCGGCACUUGCGCCAAAGGCCAAAUAA